GGACUCCUUCUAUGUAGUCUGCUUCCUUCAAUUUUGAACUUGAAGAAUCUGGCAGAAUCUGGUUGGAUAUAGACAAUUAAAUUCCUGAAUAUCUAGUGAUCUGGAACAGUACUUAUAAGCUGCAUAUUUAGGACCUACAAUCUACAGUGGAAUUUUCUUUGCACUUGCAGAUAAUCGGUAACUGCAACCGUUGAUCCCCUCCGAAAGAUCCCGGAGUCAGCUUCUGUGCGCGUACUGUCCGACGCUAGGAUUUUCGUGUCAGACUAGUCUAACGCCGAGGACAUUGAUGCGGGAAUUAAGCAACUAACUCGGAAACGACCUGGCGCAGAUAAUCUACCAGAUUGAAGAGCGCCAACUUAACUCCAACACCAACCAACCGUUAGACUCAACCAAUAUGGCAGCCCCCAUGGAUUUUUAUCUGCGCCUCCUGCGAGAAUUGUUCAAAGGGAUUAGUAUUCUAACUUCACCUUCCAGUGAACCUCCAGAAACACAAGAGGAUAGCUCCAGAAAUGAUCUUCUUGAAGGCUCUCUCACCAAGUCCAUGGAGGCCCUCCACAAUGCUCUGGACGGAAACUCAGAUCUCAAGAAUCCUACGGCUAUCUUUAGAGAUAAUCAGGCUUCCUUGAGGUCUAAACUCCAGCAGGUUACUGAUAAGAAAUGGGUCUAUGUGGAACAUUGCCUGGCUAUGCUUGAGAGCCUGAGAUGCUGCUACCAGGAUGCCUUGCAAACAUACGAGGAGGAGCAGAGAAAGAUCGAGGGAGCUCCUACAAUACCCCUUACACCGAACAUGGCUCCCACUGCAUCACCAGACACCCUUAGUUUCAACCAACAGGCUGCUCUAUCUUCUCUCACUCAGUUCAUCAUUUCGCUUGGGAUCUGCCCGGCACUGUUGAAAGGAGUCGGGCUCCCUCUCAACGUCAGAUCCCGGUUGGCUGCUUCCUUCAUGCCAACGGACAAACCUCUUCCUUUCAAAGAGAGGCAGCGAAGGUUGAUGGUGAUCCUCAAGAUCUUCAGCGAUUGCAUCAAGCAACCUGUCCUAGGUGGGUUCAUCCUCUCUAAGAACUUGAAUGAUGUUUUGGCUUCAUUGAUUCAGGUGGUUUGCACCAUGGAGAUUCAGAAGACUAUUAAGAUCAAGAAACCUGAUGGCAGUCUUGUAAGUCCAGCUGAGAGAGAACCAGCCCUUCCUCCCUCCGAUAUCACCUUUGCCAAAGCCCAGCUAGAGCACCUGACCCGUCACUGCUAUCAGCCUUCAGUCAUCAAGGAGCUUCUCAUCCUCCAGGGUGGUAUGGGAUCAGGGGUCAAAGGUCAAAGCACUCUCCCCAAACCUCCCCUGUGGUUUAGGAAGAUGUGUGGGCACCUGCUGGCUGAGAGGAUCAUGACAGAAAAAGGAGUAGCCCAUUUUCUGCAGGGCCUUGUUGAUGAUGGAGAUACCUCAUCUGGCUCUUGGGCUCGAUGUGAUGCCUUAGCAAACCUGUUAGCCACGCCCCCUUCCACAGCUGUUUCAAAGAAGGCUUACUUUAAAAGCAUCUGCCAUCAGAUAUUAGAUGUUCUUCAUUCUGGAGAUGACAUCAUGAUGAGACAGAUCAUCCGAGUCAUCAGUAGCUCUGUAGUUGUCAUAUUAACAAAUGAGAAAGUGAUAGCCGAGCAGUAUAUCCUCGACCCACUCUUCAAAGCUCUCAAAGCUGACAAAGAUGCCAAAGGUAGCAGUCAGCUCAUACUAACUAGUGAGGCUGAGCUCUCGCAAUGCAUCAGUGACAUCUACAGAAUGUUUAUCAUUGGAAGAGAACCAAGCCCUCUCCUCCUAUUAUGUCUUACACCCAUCCUUCAUCAUCUCUUCUCUCUAUAUGCAUUCUCUAUGGAAGGAGUCUGCAACCUCAGGGCAACGGUAGAGGAGAUCCUAUGUGCAUACCUACGUACCUCAGAUCAUAGCACAGCCCUCCAUGCCAUGGAACACAUCUCGGCCAUAAGAGCACAUACUAUGUAUGACACGAUGAAUGAGAAGGUCACCUUCAGACCAGGAUCUGGCGGUGGUGCAAUCAUGGUCUAUCAAGGGGAUUCAAGUUUAGAGGAGUUGUUCACGCAGACCUUAAUGAGCCAUGAGCACAUUGGAAGAUGCUGUACUGCGCUCUUACUCAAGGUCUCACAGGAAAAGCUCUCUGCUGACUUCUUUAUCUCGGUACUCAAUGAGAUGACAGCAGCAGUUGCAUCACUGGAUUCUUCCAGUUCGGAACAGAGAGAUCCUCCGUCUGGUCGUUCAGGACAUAGUAGCGAACUCCUGGACCUAGAGCCUUCUUCACAGCCUGACAGGAUUAAUACAGUGCAGCAUGCUCUCAGGGUUCUGGCUGUUCUUGAGCAGCUCUGUGAGGCCUUUGGACCUGAUGUCCUCAAGGACACUCACCACCUGCUACAGUUCUGUCAGGCUUCUCUCCAGAGGUGUGUGGAUCGACUGAAGCAGGAGGGAGAGGAUGGGACAGACAUCCCUGGUGUCUUGGAGACAGAGACCUUGACGCUGGCUGUGACCUUGCUCUCUGCUAUAAUCACCGGAGAACAGAAGAAAAAAUUGGAAUCAACUGAUAGAAAAAUCCUUCAGGAUAUUCUUCCCCUUUUGAUGACCAUUGCCAAACUUCACUCAUUGGAAACCAUCCAGGAGAUGGCAGAUGGCCUUGCGAUUGCCAUAGCAACCCAUGGUGCUGUGUCAUCUUCCUCCAUUCACCACGCAGGGAAAGAUGUAAGGAAAGGUGGAAAGAGGAAUGAACAGUCGAAAGUAAAUACAACCAUGGACAACACCAAUGGAGUGCCAGGUCGACCAAAAGCUGAGACCUCUGUAGAAUCUGACGUAGCGGCAGGUAGUUGUAUACAGAGCAGUAAAGAUGUCAACAGGAUCAGUAGAGAGACCUCUACCAGUAACGACAUUGGGAAACCUCUACUACACCGGUUAAAUACUGAAGAAAAGGAAGAAGCAAUGAGACAAACUAGGGGUAUGGAUAUUCCUGGUAAAUCUACAAAUCAAAAUCAGGAUGCACUGUCUGCGAGAAAUCCUUCUUUGGGGAUAUGUGAAAAUGUGUCACGGAGACAAGAACCAUGUCAACAAGCAGAUAACCCUGGAGCUGAUGGUGAUCUUAUAGUUCAUUAUGAACAAAGUGCAUUGCAUGACAAAAAUAGUACUGAUUUGGAGAUAUCUAAGAAUAAUAGAUCAGCAGAUACUGAAAGUAGAGUAUCAGACCUUGAUAACAGUAAAUCUCAAAUCCCAGUGAUUCUUAAUGAUCCUACAAUACACCAACAAGAUAGGAAAGAUGAGGAUUCCGUGCAACAAGAAAAGCCAACAAGUGAAGCUUUUGAUGAAGCUAUUAGAGACCUCACAGACCCUCUGCUCCCUGUACGAGGCCACGGUCUCAUCAUGCUGACCAGACUCCUCAAAGAGAAAGACCCUAGAGCCAUAGCUGAGAGCGAAACCUUACUCGCGAUCUUUGAAGAACAUCUUUCUGAUGACGACACCUACAUCUACCUCCCGUGCAUCAAUGGACUGGUAGCUUUGGCAGCAUCACAUCCAGACAGGGUUAUGCCUCAUCUCUGCAGUAACUUCACCAGUGGUCAUGCGUCUGACCAGAGCAGACAGUGGUCAGCGACCAGUCGAACGGUUUCCUUGGAGAAGACGCUCAAGAUGGGAGAAGCUUUGGUCAGAGCAACAAGAGAACUUGGAGAGCUUGUGCCGCAUUAUAGGGGUCUCUUGUUGAAUACCAUCAUGGCCGCCACCAGACACUCGGAUGCUCAUAUCAGGGCAAGCAGUCUAGCCCAUCUAGGGGAGGUCUGUGGGCUUCUUAAGUACUCCCUUGGUGCUGUGAUUCAUGAGGUUCUGAAUUGUGUAACAUCUGCUCUCAAAAGUGACCCUGAGCCUGAGGUCAAAAGGUCAGCUGUUCAGGUCAUGAACCUUCUCCUGCGAGGUCUUGGAAAAGAUGCCAUACAAGUUCUGGAUACCUCGAUACGGGAUGUCUACCGAUGCCUCAAGCAUGUGAGAGAUGUUGAGAAGGAUGACGUGUUGCUCCUGCAUACCCAGCUUGCCAUGGAAGAACUGGACAUUAUCAUGAGACAAUACCUGUUCCCUAAACAGACUCUCUCAAAGAAGAUCACAGUGUUAAACCCAUAGGCCUGGUUUCACAUAACCAUAUUUGAAAUCUGAUAGGCAAAAUGUGACACUGCAAGUCACUUAGGGUAGGUGUUUGAAUUUAUGAGCAUUUUUUAUUAUUUUGUUAUUAAAAUUAAAAACAAAUAUAUAUAAGUAAGAAGAACAGUACUAUAGAGUGAGGUGUUCUGGACAAGCAGAUAAGUCAUUGUACUAUGAACCACGAGGUCCGGGUUUCAGAUCCCACCGCAACACUCAGGUCUGUUGGCAAGGCGUUUAUCUACAUUUGCCACUCUCCACCCAGAUGUAGUAAAUGGGUAGGAAGAAGUUCCCUUAAUGCUUGAGUGCAUAUGAUAACACAGGUGCAGCUGGGGUAAUUAUAUUAUCAUGUUAAGCAGAGCCCGUUGGUAGAACAGUGUUUGGUACUGAAACAGCUACCCUGGGUAAAAUAUGAUAUUGUUAUAUUAUUAUUAUUACUACUACUACUACUACUAUCAUUGACCAAAAUUAAGAAUUCUAGAGGUAAACUUAAGAAAUGUAUUAUUAGUAGUAUACACAUGGUAUUAUAUGAUGCAAUUUGUAUUACACCUAAUGACCCUGUACCUCUCAUGCCAUUGGUAACUUACCCCACCCACUAAUCAAAGUACUCCAAAAUGUGAGAAUUUGACAUUUUUACCUAGAUUAAUAUGAUUAAGCUGCAGAAUAGUUCACACUUUUGUUCCGUAGUAAUAUAUAUCUCCUUGGUGGUAUUGGUAGAUUUGAAGCACACAUGGAUUAAGAAAUCUGAGAAGAACUGAUUAGUUGGAUUCUGUUUUCUUCCAUUCAAAGGAGUACUCCAGGCUAAAUAUAAUAUGAUUUGAACAGAUAAUGAAAAGUCAGACAAACAAAACACUGAAAAUUUGAUCAAAAUCGGACAAGGAAUAACAAAUUAUGACAUUUGCAUUAUAUCAGCGAAACAGUUCUAUGCACGUCUUCAUGAAUAUUCAAGGAGCAAACUAAUUAUGUCAUAUCCCCAUUUGUUCUUUUGUACUUUAUUACAUGAAACUAUGUUUAUUCAUAAUUUUCUUCCAAGAACUUAAAUAAUUUGACUGACAAUUACUUUAAUGCUUUAGAUAUUCAUUGGUGCAACUUAUUCAUUCAUAAGGGAGACAUAUCAUUCACACAUAUGUGAAAAAAUGAAAUAGUUAUGAUUUCAUGUAAAAACAUAAGAAAAAGGAAAGUGGGGAUGUGUCAUUAUCAGCCCAUUUAAUGAAUAUUCAUAAUGUGAAUAUAACUACUAUCACAAAAUAUUGCUUAAAUUUGAAAUUCAAUAACCUUGUUAUUUGUUAUCAGAUUUUGAUGAAAUUUUCAACAUUUUGCUCUGUGAAUUUUAUUAUAUUUAUUUAGAUAUAAUUAUACUCAGUCCGAAGUACCCCAUUAAGAAGUAAAAUCUCCUACACCCGAUACCGCUCCCUCUUUCCCACCUAUGUUUACCCUCUCAUGUAUUUGCUCUCUUUGUCCCAUUCCAUAUGGUUUAUUUCCAAUUCGUCUAAAGCCAAUUUGUCCAAUUGCCAACUCGUCUACUACCAUUUGGUCUAUCAUCAGCUGGUCUACUCACCACAUGGUCUACUUUCAUUUAGUCUAAUGCCAUUUGGUCUAAUAACAAGUUGGUCCAAUAGCCAUUUAGUCCAUGUACCAUUUCGUCUAAUUUAACAAGUGUUAAUUGUACAAAAUGAAUGAAAAGACAAUGGGUAUUAGACCAACUGGUUAUUAGACAAAAUGGUAAUAGACGAAAUGGUGACUAGACCAAAUGAUUAUUGGACUAAAUGGUUACUAGACGAAAUUUUGAUGGACGGAAUGGCAUUAGACUAAUGAAGGUGGACCAUGUGGUGAGUGGACGAGUUGGCAGUAGAUGAAUUGGCAUUUUACCUUCCAUAUUCCCCAAAUUUGACAUUUCUAUCCCCACUUCAAUCUGCUCAUCUUGAUUCUCUCUCUCCUUAUCACAUCUGUUCUGUCUUCUUGGCUCUCAUGACUUAUCCAUUCUUCCUAAUUUCUAUCAUCCCAUAUCUCUCUCUCUCUUCCUCCCUCUGUUGCUCCACUUCCUCAUGUGCCUUUUCAUGUGUCCUCCCCCUUGACCUUUCCUUUCUUCCUCCUCUUGCCUGCACACCCCCUUGUACUCUCAAACCCCAUCUCUCCCUCCUUUCAUUGUUCAUUGUUUUAUUGUUUCAUUGUUUUCAGUUCUUAUAUGCCAAAAGGCAUACCCAAAAGGCACAUUUAAAUUUCACAAAGUUGGAGUUUGGAAAUAUAAAGUUGAAAUUAAGUGCUAAAACCACUGAGUCUGUCUGUAGCAUUUGUAUGGGUUUGUUUUAUAAUUUUGAAUAUACUACAUUUAGACAUUUUACGUUUGUAACGGAAAUUUGGUCUCUGAAAUGGUUCCUUGGUGACACAUGAGCCAAGACCACAUGGCAAAUAAAUGACAUACCCUCAACAACGAA